UGCUCCCAGAGUUCCAAAAUAUAACAUCAGCAGAACCCGGCCUUUUACAACGAGAGGACCAUUCAGCAGAACUUUCCCCCAGGACUCUACAGCUAUACUACUAAAAGAACCCAAGACAUCACAGUCAAUGCCAAAAAAUCUCUAUGCUGCCUAGUUAGUCAGAAUUAUUCACUUUUUCCCCAUUUAUACACCUAAAGAUCUUAAAGUUACAAUAUAAAAGGUCAGAACUACUUGGCUCAAAGUCUUUCACAGCAAGUUUUCAUUUGCUUUCUACUCUUAGGUCCACUUAGGUAAUAUUUUACAAUUACUGUGUGUUAACUACUUAGCACCACCACGGUGGCUCUAAGAUUUAAUAAAAAGUUUAAUUCAGCUGUAUGAGAUAAUGUUUAAUUCAGAGUUUCUCUAGGUUGUGACUUCAAGAAAAUAUUGAUCUUUCUCUUAAAAAGGUCUGCUUGAUACUGCAACUGAAGACUCCACAAUGUAACACAUUUCAGGAUUAGCUUACAGUAUAAAAAAAAAAGACAUUAGAUCUGAGGUUUGUUAAUGUUUACAUUACUCUACUUGCCACAGUGGUUUAAAGUACUUUACAGCAGAAUUUAAAUCAUUACACAUAUUACUGAACGGUAGCAUUUAUGGACAAGUCAGAUUAUUUUGUAGAACAAAAUGCAAGAUAAAGGCAUAUCUCUCAAAUGUCAGGAAUUUUGAUCCCCAUUUAACAAAUAAUAUGUCCCUUCUAAAUUUGGAAACAUAAAUCAGAGGCAGACACUAAUAUCAAUUACUUAUUUACUCAGCUGUGGCCCUCAAAAUGUAUAUUAAUACAUAGUCCUCUUGUUUCAGCAAUAUUCUUACUACUAUUACUUCAAAAGUGAUCCAACUUUGGGGCAUCUAUUCCCCACCGUUUCCAGUCCUGUGACCAAUUACUGAGAUAAGAGGUUGACAGUCAGCAAUUAUUAGGAACAUGUUACUGUGCACAUAAUACAGGGUUUACUCACAAUCAUACGAGUCCAGCAUUCGUCUCAAAUACACCUCAUUAUGCGGAACGUUACUUAUUAAAGUCAAUGUUCCUCACAGGUUAUCGACUGAAGGGUCCGUAAUAUAUCAUGUUUUGCAGCAGACACCCAUGGUAAAUAACACAGGAUAAUAUUAAUUCAUCAAAAUAACUGUUUAUAGCACAUUAACAAUCCUUUGAGCAUGCUUGUUGAAUAACUUAGUAAACUAUAACUGUUACACGUUACCCAUUUAUUCCACAUUAUGGUAGGCUCUGUUCCACACUGCAUAGACAGAAGGGUGAGAGCUACGAAUCCCACUAUAUACUAACUAAAAGACAUUACUAUUUCUGUUUCUUCUAACAAUAAAAACGAUGGAAAGGAAUGAAACAGUCUGAUAAAACACUUUUCAGUGAACUAUUUUAGCUUCCAAAACCCUCCCUUUACGACAUAAUUUUCCCAGGGAAAUCACAAAAGCAGCACAGUGUUGCGAACACUUACCAGUCAGCUAACUACUCUAAUUCCAAAAAAAAAAUAUUUUGAGUUGCGAUAUCAUCUUCCCUGAAGCUCUCACUCUUACAGUACUCCGCAACUAGUUCUUCCCUAUUCACCAUCAACUAAACUCUGGAAAAUCAACGUCUAGCUAAUACGCUGCAACAGAACAGUAUGUCUAAAAAGUAAUCAUUUACUUAUCUGAGUAAAUGUAUGCUAUCUGUCGAACAAUAUUCCAGCAACCGUCAUUCUUUGGCGAACUAAUUUCCCAUACAACUACCGACGUUUCAUCUACAGCGCCAGACUAGGUGACACUAAGUCGCCCUGUGAUGAAAUCAGCCGUAGCGGGAAACAUUUAAACAUUAUUUUUUUGUCUUAGAAACGUGUCUACAUGGGUAUUGUUGAUUUUGUUUUGGUCCCAUUGACUGCCUUGUGCUGUUCAGUCUGUUAUAUGAAUGUAAUGUAUGUUCUUUCUGCCUUUUUACGCAAAAUGUUUAAUUCUUAUUCGAAACCUUUCACGUUGUGGAUAUGACAGCAGGGGGUGACGAGUACGUCAUUCCAUUAUUUAUCGGAUUUUCUAUGCAAUAAAACCUGGAAAAUCAGAAAAUGCUUGUCUGCGGGAUAUGUUGCUAAUCUCUUCCAGCAAGACUGGGAAAAUGGCUUGCCUGCAAUUUGUGGUGCUCUACACCCAUCAGAAGACAAAGAAGACAAAGACGUGGCAAGAUGGAAUAUUAAAAUUAUGUCCUGACGGAAAUAAGGCAAUGUUGUUUGAUGAUAAAGGUCAGCGGCUGGACUGUGUCUAUGUUAAGACUAAUGAGAUAAAAGCUGGUGAUGAUUUGGAGAGUGAUCGAUAUUUGAUUACAGUUGAAACAGUGAAAGAUGCUGGAAAAGAACAACUUUGUUCUGCUAGAGAAAACUCAAAACUUUUAAAUCUACAGCAACUCCGUUCAAGUGCUGGCCUAAAAAGGAAAGUCAUGGGUUUCCGUGGACCUCAUCUGCUUCAAAAGAAAAGAAUCACAGAGGAAAUUCAUUCUUCUAGUGUUCCAUUUCAAACAAAACCGUCUUGUUCUUCCUUGCCUUCUCAGCUGUAUACCACUAGUCCUCUGUUUACCACGUUAAGUAAGAAAGAACCAAAUAUUGCAGAAACCAAAGGCUCAUAUAAAUGCUACAAUGAAGAAAUGGCAACACCAGUCACAGCAGGUUCAGUGCCAUAUUCUACUGUAUUUUCUGAAGCACCAAGGGGUAGUGAUGAAGGAAAGAUGCUUGCUGUAAACAAAAGUUGGCCUGGUGUUCUAACAAACAAGGCUGAUGCACAACCUAGUUUAUCCAUGUUUACAUCACCCUUUGAACAAGUAUUGGAAGACUCUCCAUCCAGCAGUCUGUCAUCCAAGAACACGAGGAGCACAGCUCAGAUUUUAGCUCUUCUCAAGUCGAAUACCACUUCUCAGAUUAAGGAAAAUAUAUCUGAAACUGCAAACUGGCAACCUAAGAUAAAUAAAAAAGUGACCACAAAUCUUAGUCCCACACAGUUGUGCAUGCUUCCAUCUGAAAGCACUGCUAGUGUUUUAGGGGACUGUAAAAAUGUAUUUCAACAAUCUGUUGCCAGCAAUGAUGUUCCACCUGUAGCAGUCGACAAGAGUCGCUGGGCGGCUUAUUUACCUCAUCAGAGUUUAAAAGUUCACUCAUCAGGCAGAAACAGCCCAGAAAUGGAAUUUCAAAAUAAUUCACAUCAUGAGCAGGGUCUUGGUAACUCUGCAAUAGAUGAACGUGCAAAGACAAAUCAAGAAUCAGCAGCUUGUAGAACUAAUGGAAAUAUUUUUAGGGAGUUUGAACCAAUGUCUUCAGUAACUCAUAAGGCAGUAUAUUCUAUAACAGAUCACGAGUUAGUGAGAACUAGAAGGUUACAAGGUGGAGAUCACUUGCAGUAUACCUCAGGUUUGAACCAGGACCCAGAAAUAACUGAUAUUUUAUUAGAUAAAGAUGACUUCUGCAGCUCAGAUUCUCAUUUAGAAAACAUGAUUUCCCAAAAUAAAUUGUUUAUAGACACAGAGCAAGGCUUAGAAUAUUCAUCACCGAGUAAUUCUAGAAGUCCAAAUCUUGAUUUAUGUAUGAGAAUGGAUUUUGAACAAGUGCAGGGUGUCACUAAAAAAUCUCUGGAUAGUUUAUGUAAUUCCCAGAGUGUCUCUGUUGAUAAUUUUGAUAGCUCGGCUUUUCUCACAAAAUGCACUAGUCAAGAAGCACUUGAUAAUCAUUCUGUAAAUUUUAAUCUUUUGACUGAUGUAGAUUUUGCUGAACUGGAAGAUUUGGAUGAAACUGCACUACACCAUUGUUCAGAAAGCCUGUCAGAACAGUUAGUAGGCAACAGCGUUGAUUUUAUUCGGACAGGAAACCAUGACAAGAUGGAGACCACUUCCCCUGAAAAAACAUGUGUGAAGCGCUUAACACUAAAAAAUGUGACAGUUUUGCCCCUAAAUUUUUCAGAACCCCAAGAAUCAGUAUCUGCAAGACUUGAAAAUCCACUUGACGUCUGUGGUACCAACAAGAUUAAUGUAGUUUCAUUUGUGAGUCAUACUCAAAUAAAGACUGGCCAGGCUACAUCCAGCCUGCUUGUUGAGUGUAGUCUUUCAGAAAGCAGCCCUGCUGAACAGAAUGAGGAUGAAUUCCUUUCCCAAAUUUCAGAAGUCACACACAAAUCAACUGAAAACACAAAUAUUCAAAAUGGUAAUGAAGGUGAAGUAGUAGAUAGUCUUGACUUUGUUACUGAAGGUGGAAUCUUAUCACAAGGCAACAUCUUUAGCAGUCACUGCACAGGAUUUUCACAUAAGGUGGCAGAAAAUAAACCGACUAAUUCUGAAUCAUUGUAUUUUACUAAUGACAAUGAUGUUAUCUCCCCUGGCAUGCUUUUAUCUACACCUCUGCAGAGAUAUCAAGGUAAAAAAGAGACGCAGUCUGUUCUGAUGCAUGACUCCAGUGGUAGUGAAUGUUCAGAAGACCAGACUGAUUUAUUAGACUCAAAUGACAGUACUCAGAUUGGUAGUGUUCCACUUCACUGUAGAAGGCAAAACAGUGUCACAGAAUUAAGUGCAUCAGUCUGUGAAGAAUCAUAUUUUUCUGAAGGUGACAAGCCCAAAGAAGUCAGUAAUAUAUUUCCUAGAAGAUACACAUCCAGUCCAAGUAUUUUAAUAGGAAACUGUCAACCCAUGCAUACAAAUCUUGACUUUCAAGCUGAUUCUGGAUGUACAGAUUAUAAAAGUGAUGUAGUUCCCCCUAGAAGGAAUGAUAUCACCAUUUUAAAAUCUUUGUCUACACACAGUACAGCAUUAGAAAGUUUAGAAAUCCUGAAAGAGAAAAGUGCAGAAAUCUGCUCUGAAAGAGAUUUAGAAAAACAUCUGCAGCAUAGUCCUGUCCAGGCAGUUGAAGACUGCACAAGGCUGGACCAGUCAGAAGACAGAACGAUAAACCUACAAGCCAGACAUCAGCUGAGAUCUCCAGUUGUUACAGUGCCUUCAGACUAUGGUGAAAAGGAAAAACACUGUUGUUUUAAUACCUCAUCUAUGGGUCUUAAGAGCCUGCUAUCCAAGAUUUCUGGCCAGGGUGCUAAUCCUGUAGACAUAGAGACUAAAAGUUCCACCUCUAUAAGGGCUAUUGAAGGUACUGUAGACUGUAUUAAAGAGCCAAUGACUGCUGGUACAAUUGCACAAAGUAAAUGGGGGAAGUAUCAGAACAUAUCCUCUCUGCGAGUGACAGCACAUGAAAAAGAAUGUGUUUUGAAAGUGACUGAUGACUUUUCAGCACAGAGCAUGCUUGAAAUACCCAUGCCUGAGGCCAAGAAAAAAGAGGAAGUGGCACUACAAAAGCAAGCAACUGAUUCUUCUGCAGUGCAGCUGAUUAAAGACUCUCUGGUAAAAAACUGUGGUUUUAUUAGAAGAGAAGUUAAAGAAACUGGGAAUCCUCUAGAAGAACUAGAUCAAGCAUCCCCUGUUAACAGAUGCCCAAAAAUGUUCUCAAGUCCUAACCCAUGUGGUGUAACUAGAGAUUCUCAGCGUGUUCCUCUGUUGGAGCUUUCCUUUCCCACUAGUGAUGAAGUACAAUGUGCCACUGUUCCCAAGAGACAGAUUAUGAUACCCAUCAUCUUUCAGUCUGCUGCUCACUACAAACAGGUUUUCACUGCAGCAAUAACAGAGCACUUGAACAUCUUAUUGUUCGAUUUGUCACAAAGACUUCAUAAAGCACUUUCAAAGGUCAAUAUUUCUCAGCACUUGCCCAUUCAAAAUGGUGAAAAACAAAGUCAUACACAGCUUAUUCCGUAUUGUCUUCACCAACAGCCUGCAAAACUUGUCAUGGUAAAAAAAGAAGGCCCAAAUAAGGGACGAUUCUUCUUUACGUGUGAUGCAGCAAAAAACAGUGCAUGCAAGUUUUUCAAAUGGUUAGAAGAAGUGAAGGGUCUUGAUUCAAACAAAGGAGGAAGAAGAGAAGGCCCUUCCAAGAUAAUGCUGUCUGGUCCAAAAGGCUUAGCAAUUUAUGCAAGAAGUCAACACGUUCCUCUGUAUGAUGACUGCCAACUUUUAGUCAGAAAAGUGAACCAUUUCCAACAAAGACAGUUCUGCAGAAGCAAACUGAGGAGGAUAGUAACAGAAGAUACAGAGCUGGUUAAUGGAUCUAAAAGCAAACUUUACCUGAGACUCAGCAGAAAAGAAAGCUCAUCUGCAUACAGCAAAGAUGACAUCUGGGUCAUAUCAAAAUCUCUGACAUUUGACUCACUGGAUACAUUCAUAGCAUGCAGUGUGUUUUUUGGUCCAUCAUCAUCAAAUGAAGUGGAAAUCUUACCUCUUAAAGGCUAUUCUCCUUCAAACUGGCCCAGUGAUACGAUUGUUCAUGCCUUGUUGGUUUGUAAUGCUAGCACAGAACUUGCCUGUCUGAGAAACCUUCAGGAACAUGCUAGUCCAGCCACACUGCCUCUUAUGCCAUACUUAAUUAAAUUUCCAAGCAAGAAAGAACCCUGCAGUAGAUUUUUGAAAGGAAAAUUUGUUCCUCCCACUCUUGUCUCAAAUACUGCCAAAAGCUUUGGACUAUUGACCUUGAGCAAAACAGUUGAAAUUGCUAACGAGAUGGUAGCAAAGUUUCACCUAAACACAGAUCAAGCUGAAGCUGUGAUCCAUAUAGCUAAGAUGAUGGCAACAAAUGAGAAUUCAACAGAUUUGUCUCAACAGCAGAUGCAUCCAAUCACAAUUGUACAUGGUGUUUUUGGAGCUGGAAAAAGUUAUUUGCUGGCUGUUGUUAUUCUCUUUCUUGUUUGCCUCUUUGAAGAGAGUGAAGAAGUAGAGGGUCCAAGGCAAAUUCCCUGGAAACUUCUAGUCUCAUCCUGUACCAAUGUUGCUGUGGAUCAGGUUCUCCUUGGACUCCUGGACCUUGGCUUUGAUAAAUUUAUUAGAGUUGGAAGUAUUAGGAAGAUUGCUAAACCAGUGCUGCCAUACAGUCUGCAUGCAGGAUCAGGAAGUGAAAAUGAACAGCUGAAAGAACUACAGAACCUAUUGAAGGAGGACUUAACACCUGCUGAAAAAGUGUAUGUGAGGAAGAGCAUUGAACAACACAAAAUAGGCAGCAUCAAGACUCUGCUUGGACAGGUAAGAAUUAAGGGUGUGACUUGUUCAGUGUGUCCAUUCUCAUGCCUCACGAAUGUUAAGUUCCCUGUUGUGACAAUUUCGGAUUGUACCCUGGUAGUGCAGGGGUGCUUUCUGCUGCCUUGAGCCAGGUUUGAAUGCGAGAAACUUAUUCUUGUUGGCGAUCCUAAGCAGUUGUCGCCUACCAUUCAAGGAUCCGAGGGAGCCCAUGAAACUGGCCUAGAGCAGACUCUCUUUGAUCGUCUUUCUUUAAUGGGAUACGAAACCAUACUUCUCAGAACACAGUACCGCUGCCAUCCAGCAAUCAGUGCCAUAGCCAAUCGCCUCUUUUACAGUGGAUGUCUUAUUGAUGGUGUCUCAGAGAACGACAGAGGUCCUCUGCUCAGCUGGUUGCCUACUUUGUCCUUCUGUAAUGUAAAAGGGACAGAACAGGCAGAUGUAGAUGGCAGUUUUCACAAUCCAGAAGAAGCCAUGUUCACAGUUAAGCUCCUUCAGACAUUGAUUGCCUGUGGAAUUAAAGGAUCAAUGAUUGGGGUGAUAACUUUAUACAAAUCUCAGAUGCACAAGCUUUGCAGUUUAAUCAGCAGCACUGUGUUCUGUGACCCCACUGAGAUGAAAGCUGUUCAGGUGUCUACUGUGGAUGCUUUCCAAGGAGCCGAAAAGGAGAUCAUUGUUCUGUCAUGCGUGAGGUCACGACAUGUCGGGUUCAUAGAUUCAGAAAAGCGAACAAACGUUGCACUGACCAGAGGGAAGAGGCACCUGCUGAUUGUGGGCAACCUUCAGUGUCUGCACAAGAACAAACUGUGGAGUAGAGUGAUAGAGCACUGCAAAGGAAGUGAAGCUGGGUUAAGGCAUGCCAGUGAGUUUGAGCAGGAGUUGGACAGCAUCAUUAAAACGUACCUUGACAAUAAAGAAGACAGAUAUGACAGAGAAGCCAGGAAAAAGGCAAACUUUCAAGAACCUGAUACGCAGAAUGACCAUGGGCUGACUCUCUGCUGCUGAGAAGGAAUGUAUAGCUGUGGCACACAAACUAUGUAUGUUUUACUUUGCAAUUCAGGAGCAGUGUUUUAUGUACAGUUGUUUGAAUUUCCAAAUAACAUAUCACGGUGUUUCUGCUAAAAUACUUUUGAAUUCUUUACUGUAAUGCAAAUGUAGUAGGCUUUUAUUUAAUUUAGAUUUUGUAGUAUCAGUUAUAUUGCAUAGAAUUAUUUGACACUGCCUGCGUCUUAUAUUGUUUGUACUUGAGUGUUCAUUAAAGUUCCCAAAAUGUGUGUGUAUGAUGUAUAAAUAUUUGUUUUUUUAUUAAAGAUAAGCAUCUUUGUAGUACUCUGUACUUUCAGUCACUGACAAAAUUGCUAGUUUGCAAACUGAGCUCUAUUAUGAACAGUUGAAGUGUUUUGUCAGUAUGUAUAUAACAGACAAAAAAGUGGCUUUUGUUGGAAAAAUUUGCAUCUUUUUUUAAAUAGUGUAUACAGAAUUAUGUGCUGGAUUGCUAGUUAAAUUUGGUGAUAUGACAACAUAAUUUGUAAUACGAAAAUCUGGAGUAACUAAGGACCUAAACUGAGUUCUGUGCUCCAUUUAUAUCCCAACAUGAAUUCUAAGGUUGCAUUUGCAUGGUGUGGGUUAGAUAAACUUCUGCAGCAUUUAAGUCUUUUUAAUGGUAGUUCAAAAACCCAAAUUAUAACUCAAAGCCUCUGAUUGUUAAUUUUCUUCUGAGGUGUUCCUAAAUCUCAUUUAUGUGGCUAUGGCGUGAUUUAGUAUUCAGGCACAUUUGUAUAAGGAGUUGGUGAAGCAAAUAAAAAUGGGGCUGUAGCCUAUCAGUAAUGCCUCCCUAAAAUCUUAAUCAACAAUCCAUUACAACAGAACAGGACCACAACUAAAUCCUCAUUUAAGUGUAUUUAUCUGCUUUCUAUUGUCUCUUUCAAAUGCUAAAUUUAUUUCAGCAUAUGCCCUUUCCCUCGACUCUCCCUCUGAAGACUGGUAGGCCUAUACUACUAUUGUAAAUAUGAAAGAUGCUAAUCAUAUGACAUAUCACGUCCCAGUCGGAGCUCAGAAUAAAGCUGCUAGAUUUAGGAUCAUUGGCUCCAGACAACAGCUUCAUCAGCCGGAAAGUUGAGGGUUUUUUCUGCUUUCCUUCAGCUUUCAAUCCCUUCUUUGUCUGGGAGAAAAUGCGGCCAAGCUAGAGCUACCCUGGCCAUAUGGUUCACUCAGAAUUUUCUUAUUUCAAGUCUAAGUCUGUCCUUUAUGUUAUGUUGCUUAGAGUGCUUAUCAAGUCAGUUUUUUCUUCUGAUUCUCUUUCUUAUUCUAUAUAGGCAGACUGUUUUGACUUUAAUGAAAUGUAUUUCCUAGUUAAAAUGACUUUAUUUCUUAUCACUUUUUCUCUUGCAAUAAGAUGACAUUGUUUCCCAAAUUAUUACUAGCUGUCUUUAUACAUAAAAUAUCCUGUCGUAGUCCUCAGUGCAUUUUUAGGUGCUUAAAGUAUUUACUUUCUAGGUUCCAUAGUAAUGCAAACUGCAAAAUCAGAGCAGUAAAUAGUGGUUUACUGGUAAGUUUUUAUGUGGAAUUUGUUUUGUUGUGCUUAGGUAUAUCAGAACAGCUGUUAAUUGCUCUGUCAUGUUAAAGAACAGUCAUUUUUCCAGAAAUGCUGUAUUAUGCUUUACUUUGCAAAAGCAUAUUAUUAUGUUGCAGUCUCUGGACUGUUCUGAUUGAUGAGAGACAAGGGAUCUGUUUUGUGCAGUUUACCCUCCUCCUGAAAUAGAUGGUAUUAUUUAUAAAUAUACAGCUUUCUGCUUUGUUGAAAGAUAGUAGCAUUAAGCUUGCACUCAGACUUUUCAGUGGACCAUUUCUUGUAAGGUGGCAUAAUGGCAGAAAGGGUGGAGCCACCAUAAUGAUCAUGAUGGAAAGCCUGAAUAGGAUGUCCUGGGAAUUACAAAUGUUGCUAGGAAUAGUUACUUCCUGAAUGACAUCAAAAGGAACUUUUUUGUAAUUGUUCAAAUGUUUUGUGCUGAGGGGGAAGAUACUUGUAUUUCACAGAGAAAAAGUAGGGUAGUAUGCAUAUGUCUGGGAGAAAAUGGCACAUCCUGACUGUACAAAAUUAUUCAGUCCAUGUAGAUUGUUUUCUUCUGCUUUAAUUUAGGCUCUGCAUUUGUCACUGUUAUGUCUAACUUGCUGGUCACUAUCAGAGGAGUAAAUAACCAUUGCCUAACAACAAAUGCAUUCAUUGUUCAAAGACUUCUUAUACAGCAGUAUCAGAGGCAUAAAUAGCUCUUGUGUGUUCACUAAUCUGUCACAGCAAAGGAAGGAUUAUAGCAGGGAUUAACAUCCUGAAGUGUGUGAACCUUUCUGAUUCAGAACUGAAAACUAGUAAUCAUGUUUAUACCCUUGUUCAGUGACUAUAGCCUCUAUUUCUCACCUUUUGCACUACAUAAUGUCAUCAUUAUCUCCAAACAAGUAUAUAGUCACCAAAAAAGAUAAAUAAGAAGGAAGUUGCUACUUACCACCAUUACUGUUUGGGAAAACAUAGAAGCCAAGUGGAUCAAGAAACGCUGCAUAACACAUUUUACUUGUACUAUAAAAUAAAGUCUAUUUCCUGAAAGGAUAGGCCCAUCACCUACCUACUGUGCAAAGUAUAGAAUAACCAAUUAGUACAGGAAAGUUUUCUAGACAGUAUAAAUUUUGUUUUAUAUUCUAUAUUUAAAGAUCAGCUGCUUUUCCCAGAACUCAGCAAAAACAACACGGAGAUAUAGGUUGCUGUGCCAACCGUCCACCACAGUUUCCUGUUGGAUGAGUUGUAAUUCUUACAGCUCACCGGUGUAGCUUUCCUAGAUAAAAUGCUUCUCCAAAAACCCACCAAAUGUCACCCUGGCACAUAAUAUGCUUUUCUGACAGCUGUCAGGAAAUUGUCCCACUGUUGUGAUGCUAUUACCAUGUUGAAUCUGAGCUUCUUUGAACUCUGUAAUUGAAGGAUGGUAAGUGGAUGAGAAUAAACACAAACAUGAGCUCUGCAUGCAUCUAGCUUGUAUGGCUAAUAAGCUUAUUUGAUCUGCCAUUUAUUUGUGGCCAUUUCUGAAUUAGUCUGUACAGAUUACAUGUAAAAUCUUAGGGUAUGUUUUUAUUUUGAUUUUUCAAACAAAUGUCAUCCUUUUUUAUCUUAAGAAAAUCCACAAGUUUAAAACAUUUGCUGUUUCUGUAAAGAGCACUCCAAUAGCAGUAGUCAUUACUUUUGAGCUUUCACUCACUGUUGUCAUUUAUCAUUUAUAUAAUUUUUCAACAUGUUGAAGUUUCCACUGCUCAUGGAUAACAUUAGUAGGACUGCUGCUACUCUGACAUCAGCUGCUCCAAACCACAUGCAAAAAGAAUCAUCUUGAACCAUAUAUAGUGCUUACAUCUUUGAAACUGUUGGGUCACUUGCCUGCAGAUUCUGCUCAUAAAUAAUUCAAUCUUUUCAGCUUGAAAAUACUGUCUGUCUGUAACUUGAGAAAAUAUUUGCUGGGACUGAAUUAAAAUUGAUCCUGGUUGCAUACUGACUUUCCAGUGAAGUCUAUAAAUAAAUGUGCUUAUGGUGGACAUCAAC